CCACAAAAUAAAAUCACUUGAUGAUUGAUGACCCCAGCGACAAAACUCAUAUAAGUCCAAAAGACUUAUAAACGCCUCGAUCAGCAGAAAUCUCUUCAGGUCUCCAACUCAAACCCACGAAAAUACAAAACGUAUACCCAUCAAUCAUAUCCACUCAGUGUUCAUUGGCAUCCAUGGCUUCAGUCAAUUUAGCUGUGGUUCUACUGUUGAUAAUGGCAUUCAUGUCUCAGGUGAUCGAUGCAGUCGUAUACAAGGUGGGAGACUCUGCUGGUUGGACCACCAUUGGCAACGUUGACUACAAACAAUGGGCUGCUACUAAAACUUUCCAAGUUGGUGAUGUUAUUGUUUUCGAAUACAACUCCCAAUUUCACAACGUAAUGAGAGUAACGCACGAGAUGUACAAGACAUGUAAUGCCUCUGCCCCAUUGGCAACCUAUACCACAGGCAAUGACUCAAUCACCAUUAAAACUCGUGGCCACCAUUUCUUCUUCUGUGGUGUACCUGGCCACUGCCAAGCUGGCCAGAAGAUUGAUAUUAACGUCCCUCGCAAUGAUCAAGAAAUGUCCCCAUCUCCCUCUGCUUCUGCUUCUGCUUCUCAACCUUCAACGCUCUCUCCUCCAGUUCCUGCUGCCAGAGUACCGGGCCCUUCCUCCAAUCAAGCCGUGCUAAUCAAACCUUUCAUUUCUAUUGCUGUUUUGGGAAUUUUUGUGUUCAGUUUUGCUUAAUUUUUUCCAAAUUUUGAACCUAGUUGUUAUACACAACGCAAUAAUUAAUGUAUUACAUUAGAUUUACAAUUGUGGUCUUUAAUGUAUUUUUCGAUCUCUGUUACUGCUA